AUGUCGUCUUCGAACAAUAACAGCAUUUCGAGCUGCAUUCAAGGCGUCGGAGCCAUUCCGAAGCAGCAACAAACAGGUUGUUUAGCCGAUCAGGGCUCACUCAAAGUCAAUCCCGCCGGUGCUGUAGGCGGUUCUCUAGUGCGUAUUCUCAAUGCACCGAAGUUGGGAAUCGUCACCCCCAAGCUGGGACUCUUGGGAGGAGGCGAAACCUCUACUUCGACCGGUCAGACCUCAAAUUGGGGCGCUCCAGGACCAUCGACCUCCACUGCCGGUAUGUCCGGUUGGGGUGCAGCAGGCUCUGGUCCAAGUGGCGGCGGCGCUGCCGUGAAUGCGCCGUGGCCCUCAAACGAGGAGACCCCGUCGGCCGGCGCCGUCUCUUGGGCAGCUACUGCAGGUGGACAUGGCGGCGACAAAAACCAAAUGAGAGGAGCUUCAAAUGGAAAUCCCGAGCAAGACGAGUUAAGGAGAUUGGCCGCUUUUUCCCAAGGCUGGGGAAUGGUAUCAGUUAACCAGGACAGUUCAUGGGACGGACCAAUGACUCCCAAAGACUCGCCUGCUCCGCAAAUGAUGCAGCAUCCUCCGAAAUCCCAACAAGCGUCUAACAGGCAAAUGCUUCAGGGCGGGCUAAUCUGGGAGGCCCGCAGUGAAGCUGCUCAGUUAUUGCACGUGAGGGGAACAGAUAUUUGGGAAUGCAGUAUAAGACAGAAAGGAUCAAAAGCACCAGGUGGGGGCGCAUCCGUCUCAGCUGCGAUGCAGCAAGAGCCCCCGCACCAUCAGCAACAAGCCCCGUGGCAAGCUCCGCACACCCCCGCUUCUCAUAUCGGAGGAACAUGGGGCGAAGAAGAAGUUGAAAAUCCCAAUUCCAUGUGGACCGGCGUUCCUCCUCCGAAUGUCGCACCUCCCGGUAUGGGGCUCGAACCCCCAGUUUCUCAGUGGCCUCCGCAAGGACCUCCACCCGAGAAGCAGUGGGGUGCACCAGCCCCAUCUCCUCAUGCCCAGGGACCUCCUCACUCUUGGGGACAACCAGUAAAUAUGCCUCAACCCGACAAUGGCGUAACUUGGAAAGCGCUCAAGGACGCUCUCGUGAACUACGUCAGUCCCCCAGGCGCUCCGAAAGGGAUUCAUAAGGAGUGGGAACCGAAUGUCGGACCCGAUCAUUCCCAAAUGCCUCCCCCUUAUGAUGACCGGGUGCGUAUGGGUACCGCUGCUUGGGGCAGCCCUGGAAUGCAGGAUAAGGUAUCCCGAUGGAAGGAUAUGCCAGCACCCGGCGUUUCAAAGUAUGUUCCGUGGAAUCCAUACGAUAUGAGCGUUAAACCAAAAAUGGUACCCAUGCCCUCCGACUGGUCCGAGGGACAAAUCGAUACGAGCACUUGGGGAGGCCCAACGAAGCAAGGCUGCAAGCCGCUUACCAAAGACCUCAUCCUGGCAUCGAAGCACUACCGCAUACUCACCGCGCUGGGUUACCCGAAGGAUGACGUGGAAAGCGCUCUGCGUGUCCACAACAUGAACAUGGAGCAUUCGUUUUUGCAACUCUCUAUUCGUGGGGCUCUCGGCGCUGGCAGACGAGACCCCGCGGCUGGGGGUCAAAAUAUGAACCAUGCUCCAUUUGCCGUUGGACAGUGGGAACCGCACGGUCCGCGUCCUCCGAUGAACCAUCCCCAGCAGCCUCAGCAGCAGAUGCCGCCUCAGCAACAACCUCCGAUGGGUCAGCAGCACGGUGUCGGCCCCCAGCAGGGACCUCAACAGCGACCACCGCAGCACCAGGGCGGAUGCAGCAACAGCAGCCCCCUCAGCAGCCGCAUCAUCCGCAGCAGCAGCAGCAACAACCGCAUCACGGACAACAACCUCAACAGGGGCAGGCACAGUCGCAGCAACAAGCGCAACAGGUGCAGCAGUAUCACGACGACCUGAUCCGAUCAGGAAGGAGCAGAUUCUCAGAAAGCGUUACACUCGCUCGUCGCUCGCAUUCAUACCGCCGUUGGCGGAGGUUACCUCGAUCCUCAGAUUCUCAGUCAGCCCUUAGCUCCUAAGACCCUGAUGCUACUGUACGAGCUUCUUACCCGCAUCAAAAUCCUCGACAUGCUUGAGAGCAAGCAGCCGGCGCACGUGCGUAACCCCAUAAGGCACAAUGAGGUUGUCCAGCGCAUGAAAGAGGGCAUCAUCAAACUCCAGAGUAAGAUUGUCGCCGAACAACUUUUCUUCUUAAAACAGCAGAUGCCCUCGGGAGCGACGCUCCCGCAAGCAGCAGGCGGCAGCGAGCAAUCAAGAUUGAACCAGUGGAAGCUGCCCAGCGGUAACUGCGGUCCCGAUGGCCGGGACGUGUCGAAUGGACACCAUCCCGCCUCGAUGGGCAACGCGAACUCGCGAACGCAACAGCUGUACCGCAAAGUGUAUCGCAGCAGCAGCAGCAGCAACAACAACAGCAGCAGCAGCAACAACAACAGCAGCAGCAGCAGCAGCAACAACAACAAGAGCAACAACAAAGCAUCCUCAUCGGGCGCCACGAGCGCUCUGAACAACAACUACAGUAUAUCGGAUAUCGUGGCCGAGUUCGAGCCGGGAAAGCCCUGGAAGGGAUCCUGGAACAUGAAAAGCGCCGAGGACGAUCCUCAUAUGACGCCAGGAAGCGUGACCAGGAACCCCCUCUUCACAUCUGGCAUGAAAGACAACGAACCCAUGGUUGGACUCGACUGGUAUCAGAGCACAUACGGUAAACACUGGUCCAACUCAAUGCAGUCAAACUAUCCCGCCUCGGGUCCCACGGGAAGCAACGGCAAGAAGUGGGGCGAGUCGGAUCAACCCGGUAGCAUUUUGAGUGGAUUGCCGGGCCCAGUCUCUCCGACCGGUAAAGGAUUCCUCGUCUUGAAAAAUCUCACAGCGCAAAUCGACGGAUCCACCUUGAAGACCCUCUGCAUUCAGCAUGGGCCAGUGCAACUCUUCCACCUCUUCCUCAAUCACGGAUUCGCCCUCAUCCAGUACAUGACUCGCGAAGAGGCAUUGAAAGCCGAGAGUGCCCUCAACAAUUGCGUGCUUUCAAACACAACAAUCCUCGCCUACGUUCCCUCGGAACGCGAAGUUCAACAGCUUCUGUAUCUCGCCAACUACCAGUCCCUAAACCAAGGUCGCCCCAAUCCACAGCAGCAGCAGCAACAACAACAGCAGCAAGCGAAUCAUUCACAACAAGGAAACCCUCAGCUACAAGGAGUAAACCCACAACAGAGCGGACCACGGCUUCCGCCUUCCGGUGUGCUGCAGCAACCUCAGCAGAAUUGUGGGUGGCCUUCGGCAGCCAAUAGCGGGGCUGGAGCUUUAUGGGGACCGCCGGACGCCAAUGAUACCGCACCCCUCAACUCUUUCCUGCCAGGUGAUCUCCUCUCGGGCGAAUCUAUGUAA